UGAAAAAUUAAACGGCGAAUAACCGGAAACUCUGAAAAACUUCACCUGGGCGUACUUUGAAACCAGAAUCCAGUCUACUUCGCAUAGAUUCUAAAUUGUGUUUAAAAGUUGUAUCAAUUCUGAAAGCUUCAGUAAUAUGGAUAUUGGGUUGAAUCCACACCAUCAGCAGAAUGUGGUCAGCUACCUCAGAUUUGCAAGGUUUAACAGAGGGCAGAGGAUAAGGAGUGUUGAAGCCUGUUUUGAAGACCUCAAAGAUAGCAGACUUGUUGAGGAUACCUACACACUAGAUGAGAUCACUGAGAUGCUGGAUGGCCUGUGUGCUGUUGUCCGGGGAGAAGUUGAGUCAGAGCUCAUCAACACUGCCCACACAAAUGUGCUUCUCCUGAGGCAACUCUUCAGCCAAGCAGAGAAGUGGCACCUUAAGUUGCAGGCAGAUAUCUCUGAGCUAGAAAACAGGGAACUUAUAGAGGAAAUAGCGAAAUUCGAGGAAAGAGAGUUUACGGCCUCCUCAAAAUCACAGAGCAAGCUUUCCAAGCUGUCACAAGUUUCUAAGCUGGAACCACUUAAUGAAGGUGGAGCUGUUCCUUUGUUGCAGACUGAGAUCAACAGACUGAAUGAUGAGAACACGAAGUUGAAGGGCCGCCUGAAGGACCUCGAAUCUAGGGCAACUGGGGUUCUAGGGGAGAAAAGUCAAUUGCUGGCGAAUCUAGAGAAGACACAGGCCGAGCUAAAGGCCAAGGGAAAUGUCAAGGCUCAUGGCAAGGAGCUGGCCCAAUUGGAAGAACAAAUGGCUAAAGUCAAGUUGGAAUUGAAAAAGUCACAAGAAAACACCUCCAACAUUGCCGCCUCUCUAGAUGGCGAUAUCGCCGACGCCAAGCAUGAGAUCCUUCGCCUUCGAGAAGAGCUUGAACAAGCGCAGCAGGAGCUGACGAAAAAGUUCAACGAGACAUCACAGUACAAGAACAUGAAGCAAAUGUUGACGUCCAAGAACGACCAGAUAAAAGAUUUACGCAGCAGACUGCGGAAGUACGAGCCGGACGCCUAACAAACUGGACACCGGACGCGGUUUUCUUCUUGCUGCUCUUGAUCUGAUUCGAGUUACUGUGGUUGAAUUUCACUGUUGUACUAUUUAAUUUGGAGACCACGUUUAAUGUCAUUAAAUGAGUAUUGAAGAGACAAGACAUUUGCUCAGCUACCAUGUUGUUUGGAAUGGGGAAUUUGGUUAAAGCUAUUGUGAGAACCAAGCUAUGACAUCAUGCAACAUAAUUUGUUGCAGUGCCUGUCGAGCACAUUUGUCGCUGCCACCAUCAUGAUGGUUGGCGAAUGCCAUGUGCAUUUUGGUUUAAGCUGUUCUAAAACCUAUUAUGUAAAACAUUUUUUAGCGUUUCAGGCACUGCUUCACUAUUUUGUUCUGACUUUAAUAUUGAUAUCAUUGUAGCCUUUUAAUCCCAUUCCAGAUGGUAGCACAGGGCCUCUUUUAAGUGCUUAAAAGCACUGUCUGUGAUUAAUGGUAUCUCUGAAUGGUAGCACAGGGCCCCUUAAGCACUGUCUGUGAUUAAUGGUAUCUCUGAAUGGUAGCACAGGGACUCUUAAGCACUGUCUGUGAUUAAUGGUAUCUCUGACGCAGUUCGUUUCAGCCAAACCUAUCGUGGCGAAGUUUUACAUAGAUUUGAUGUUAUUGUUAAAUAUGGGUUUGAAAAAUUACAAUAUGUACAAUGA